AUGUCGCGCGCUCAAAAUGGAUGUCGGGGCGGUGGUCGUGGAACCAAGGAACCACUCCUCAUUGACGCGGUCAUUGGCAAGGUGGUUAAACGCAACCGUCGGAACCUCUCCGCCGCCUGGAUAGACUACAAAAAGGCAUUCGACUCGGUGCCUCAUACAUGGCUUAAGAGGGUCCUCGAGCUGUACAAGGUUGACUGUACGGUUCGAGACUUCCUCGGGCAGUGUAUGGGGCAGUGGAGUACGAUCCUUUGUCAUCUAGGCCAGCGGAUGACGGCUGCGGAGAACCACAUAAGGAUAAGAAGGGGUAUCUUCCAGGGCGAUUGUUUGAGUCCAAUCUGGUUUUGCCUCUCUCUGAACCCUCUCAGUACCUUACUGGAGGGUUCCGGGAGGGGAUUUCAGCUUCGGAAAGGAGGUACAAAAGUGACCCACCUUUUCUAUAUGGAUGAUCUCAAGUUAUUCGCCUCCAGUCGCUCCCAUCUUGUGGAAUUGCUAAACAUCACUUGUGAUUUUAGCAAUUCUAUUGGAAUGGAGCUGGGGACGGAUAAGUGUGCGAUCCUCCAUGUCGAAAGGGGAAGGGUUGCUAACUCUGAGGGCAUGGACUUAUCUAUGCCCAUCAGCAUAAGGACCCUUUCCGAGGCUGAAACAUACCAAUACCUGGGUAUGUCACAGAACAUCGGUGUCGAUGAGGCGGGUAUGAGGCAGUCAGUUUGCGAUGUGUUUUAUGCACGCUUGACAAAAAUGCUUAACAGUCUUUUGUCGGGCGUUAAUAAGACACACGCUUAUAACGGCUGGAUCAUGCCUGUUCUCAUGUAUACCUUUGGCAUACUCAGGUGGACUCAGACCGAACUGAACGCUCUGGACAGAAAAGUCCGCACUAUAAUGACGUCCCACAGAGUGCAUCAUCCGAGAUCGUCGGUAAUGAGGCUGUAG